CAGUCAGCGGGUUAACAUGGCGGAGAGAGGCGGUGAGCCGCGGCGGACCACACGGUCCUGUUCUCCAGCACCGCAGUAGGACGGAUGUGUGUUAAGUCCAACCCGGGUCUCUAAGUUUGCUUUUACACUACAUAACAAAAACUGUUGUGGAAAUGAGCGGAUAAGGACUUCGAGAUGAGCCGACACGCAACAGACGUCCAGGGGUCUGUGCAGGAGUACGUCCCCUCCCCGCCGCUGCCUGCUGAUCAUGUGCUCAACUCUGCAGCCGUCUUAUUCCCUGGUGCUUUUGAUCAACAUGGCUGCCCUUUGAUCGUGUUCCCAGUGGAAGAACAAGCAAAACUCUCCUCAGAACUCAGCAAAGCAGAAGUGGUGGACUUCAUAAAUUACUUUCUUUGUCUGCACAAUAAGAAGCAGGAAAAGGAGAGUUUGGUGUCAGUAGUGGCUGAUCUGAGGCAUGCCUCGCUCCCUACAGCCAGAGUCAUCGCUGAUACUCUACUUCUGCUUGAGCGGACCGUCCACAGUGUGUACAUAAUUCAGCCCAAAAAGAAAGAUGUUGUCAAGCUGUUGCUGAAACUCCUGGCUCCAUCAAAGUCUUCCUCUGUCUCUUUCAAGAAAGUUCUUCUAAAAGAAAUCUCCGAGCUCUACAACUACAUUGACCGAAGCCAGCUGCCGGCAUCGUUGGGCGGCUACCUUAUUUACUGUCACAAGAGUUGGGUUGCCUUCAUUAAGGAGAUUGAUGGGUUUGUACAGGAGUUGGUGUCCGUGGUGCAGCGGCUCCCCUCGUGUAUCUCCGCCCUGCAGGCUCUGUCCAGGCUGCCGCUGCCCUCCACCUUCACUGAGCUCCAACACUUCUGCUCCACCAACGAAGCCAAGUUCCAGCAGCUCAGGAGGGAGCUAGGGCUGGUUGAACUGCUGAGGCACUGUGAGAGUGUGGUGGAGAGGCUGCGUUACCCUGAGAAGGAGCCAUGCUACCAGGCCAUGGCUGGCACCGCCCUCUUUACACACACCGCCUUCGAAAUGCUCCACAACCACAGCAGGAUAACUGCAGCUGUGGAGAAAGUGGAGCUGCUAUGGCAGCAGGCCUUUUCUAAGGCUCAUUUCCAGCUGCAGAUGUUCCAGCUGCGAGAGGAUGCUCUGCAGAUCACAGAGCAGAUCAAAUCUCUUCAAGAGAAACUCCAGCUUUUCAAAAUGGAGAUUGCCAAGGAUGCUGCACAGGCGGUGACGUUGGUGUCUGAAUUUGAGGCAUCCAUUCACACUCCUGCUAUGGCACUUGUUCGCUGGGCUGAAGAUGUGAUCCACACAGUUGCAGAGAUGUUGCUGUUUGACGGUCAGAGCAGGGAGGGCUGGGUUCUGGAGCUGGAGAGGCUGAAGGAGAAACUCCAUUCUACAGUGCACUAUAUUCUUCAGACCCUCAGAGCAGUUUCCAGCUACCAUCAUUACUACCACAAGGCCAACAGCUGGUAUCGUCUGGUCCUCUGUGAGAACUUCCUCCAGGAGCUGCUGUCGACUGUUAAUGGAGACAUUGUUCCCACACAGAAGCAGAGGAGGAUCCCUGCAUGGAGGUACAAACUGUCCACAUUCCUCAAGAAGAAUCCCCCUCCAGAUAUGGAGGAGCUGCUUCAUCUGGCUCAUCUGUCUAAUGCCAUCCCAGAUGAUCAGAUCCAGGAGGCCGGCAAGCAGAUUUCUCAGCGGUGCAUGACCCUUAGGAAAGUCCUCAUUUCUUCAGGGCCUGUGGCUGUCAGUCACCUCCAGCUGGCCUUACAGUGGCAGUAUGAGUUACUGCGGAGCAGUCAGUUAAAUCACUCCUCGGCUGACAGUUCUACAAGCAGAACACUCGGGGAUGUUGAAGACCUCACUACUUGUGAAAGUGGGAAGAAAGCGGCCCAUCUCCUCGAGGGGUCUCCAUCAACAGAGGUUUCUGGGAUGGUGUCAGCUGAGGGAAAACCCCCCUCCCUCAGCUCAUUCGACUCAGGCUUCGAUGGAGCUGGGAGCAGCCGGCUGGAGGCUGGGGGAGGCCGGGAAGGAGUGGAUGGUCCAUGCAGAUCAGCUGGGACCAAGGACUCAGUCAGACCAGCUAUGAGCCAUCCUCAGAUUAUCCCCAGUGUUUGUGAUCCUGAAGAUCUCCGAGAGGAGUUUGACCUCGGCUCCGUGGGAAACUCCUCCAGGGCAAGCAUCCAAAUCACCCCUAAAGUAACCGUGGAUUCCCUCAACUUGGAGAUCAAAGUGAAACGCUCAGCUGCACUACCCAAUAAUCCCUGGCUUAGCUUGCCAGUAGACGCUAUAGAAAACUCGUACACGGUGACAAUCACCCAGAACGCACCGCAAAAGGAAGACCUACAACUCCAGGACCCCUUUGAGCCCUUUGAGCCCUGCACAACUGGCAACCAUUCCAACAGGUCUCGAGAUCAGCCCACACAGACGGAGGUGUUGAGCAGCACACAGCCCAGGGGGCCACAGAACAAGGACUGGAUACAUUUACAAAGCAGCUUGGACGAUCCUGAACUCAGUCCCAUUCGCAACAUUCUGUCCAGCACUAUUACAGAUGGAAGAGACAAGUCCCUGUGCACCACAGAGGGGAUUCCCACUCUUCUCUGGGAUUCUUAUGAUCUUCAUGACCAGAAUCACGAUGCAACUGAUAGCGUUAUUGACAUCUCCUUAAAUGACUGGGAUGUGAAGGAGCAGGAACAUUUGAGGGAGGUGGAAGAGAUCCUGGACAGGGCUGAUGAAAUACUAGAGAAAGAAGAAAAUGUUCUGGCUCAGGAGGCUGUGCUGAAUGCCCUGCUGAGCUCUGAGAAUCAGUGGCCGCUGUGGGACAGUGAGAUGACACCUAGUGAGCUGACUGAGGCAGGUGUUCUUGGCCUUGAGGAUUACCUUGACCCUGCAGAAUCUGAAAAUCUUAGCGAAACCAGAUCAGCUAAUGCUUCUGAAGAUGAUGGGCACUGUGCUGCAGCUCCCACAGAAGCGGAAACCGUAGCAUUCCACAGCAGGCCAGACCUGCUGACGGAGCUAAACAAAGUCCAUGUCCUGGAUGAGCUGAUCAUGGAGGAGAACCUGAAGAUCCACGAGCUCCGAAGAUGCAAAGAAAGCCCCAAAGAGGAACUUUCUGUCAUUAAACCUCUAGAUACAAACGGGCCAUCAAGUAUGAGUAAAGAGAGGGAGGCUUUUAGGUUACAGCUGGAAAAGGAGAAAAUGGAGGUGGAGAAGCUUGAGAAGAGUUUGAACAAAGAGCGUAAAGUAAAGCUGCACAAGGACAGGGCUAGAAAGGUUGUAAAAUGUUCUAUAAUGGGGAAAGCUAGAAGUGAGAGUAAGGAGGACCGAGCCCUCUGUGAUGAGCUUUUAUCAGGUAGUUUAAAAAGAUCCCAGACAACACAUUCAACACCUUUGGUCCAGAAUGAUUCUCAGGCUCAGGAUACCAAUAAAACUGAAAAUAUUCAAGCAGUAUUGGGUCCUGAUGAUGCCAAAAAGGCUGCACCACUAGACUUUGCUUAUCUUUCAGAUUUCCAAAACCAAGAUCAUUUAUCUGGAGCAGAACCGUCAGUAUUUAAUGGAGCUACCUCUGAUGCAAAGGAAACUCCUGAAGAGGUUGGAAUACAACCUCAGCGAUGUAUCGAUAUGAAGAAAAUAGAUGGAUCUGAUGAAAAUGCUUCUUUAACCUCUAACAUGAGGCCAGAUGAUGGAGUGUUUGACCCAGGUGGAAAAUGCCACCUUCCUCCUGUGCCUAAGCCAAGAAAAGCUUCACUUCCUCUAAUCGACAACCUCACUGAACACGAACCUCCUUAUUCCACAGAGCCGCAAAAGCCAGCUCCAUCCUCAGUUGCUCAAGAUCCCAAUUUUGUGCAACUUGAUCUACAAGAUAAUCCACUUGAUGCACUGCCAGAGAAUGAGACUCCAGCCACCAGUCACAACUUGUUUCUCAAUCCAGAUGUAAAGGAACACAGCAGCAACAACAAUAACAACAACCAUGCGCUCGUAGAGGAAUGCACAGUGCCAUUAGAACACUUGUGUGAAAUGAGCACUAAAGAUGAAGAGGAUACCACAGAGGAUCCCGCAUGCUCCCUACAGAGAGAUUCACUCCCAGCUGAGGAAGUCUGGACUUCACCUCCUGAUGAUGAGCGCCCACAUCAGCAGUCGGCGCCCCAGCUCCCUCCUGACCAGCCUCUGGAGUUUGACCCCGGUGGACGAGACGAGCAUAAGGACUCGCCUGAUGGUGUUCAAAGCUCUGAGGCCAUGAGAAUAUCAGGCUCUGGGGCAGCUGGGAUUCAGGCCCAGAUUAACAUCAACACGACCAAGGUGACCGACUUCAAGACCCCCAUAGUACUGGAUACAGGGUCUGGUUUGAUGAAAGCAGGUUUUGCGGAUCAGGACCUCCCAAAUAUUACAUUCCCAACAAUUAUUGGAAUGCCAAAAUAUGAGGAAAUAAUGAAUGGUCAGCUUGAGAGGGAGACCUUCAUUGGAUUUGAUGCUCAACACAUGAGAGGGGUCCUGGCUCUGAAGCAUCCUAUAAAGAACGGCAUCAUCCGUAACUGGGAUGACAUGGAAAAGAUUUGGCAUUACACGUUCCAGCAGCUGUGUGUAGAUCCAGACGAUCACCCUGUUCUGCUGACCGAGGCGGCCAUGAACCCCUUGGAGAACCGUCAGCGCAUGGUGGAGAUCAUGUUUGAGUGUUUCAAUGUUCCCUUCACCUACGUGGCCAUGCAGGCAGUGCUGGCACUGUAUGCAGCAGGGAGAUCAACAGGUGUGGUAUUUGACUCUGGAGACGGAGUGAGCCACAGUGUGCCUGUGUUUGAGGGAUACAGUCUCCCUUAUGCAGUGCAGCGCUUCCCUCUGGCUGGUGUAGAUGUCACAAUGCAUCUUAAAAAGCUUCUGCAGGAACAAGGGGUAUGCAUGCGUACCACGGCAGAGAUGGAGAUUGUGAGGGAGAUGAAGGAGAAGUGCUGCUGUGUGGCUCUCAACUAUGAAGCUGAGCUGAGUCAAGGGGGGGCAUCCAGCAGAGAGAUGCAUUACACCAUGCCAGACGGACAGAUGGUCACGCUCAGCUCAGAGAGGUUCAGGGCCCCUGAGAUUCUAUUUAAACCCGAGCUGAUUGGACGGGACCAUUAUGGGAUGCAUGAGAGCGUCUACAAGUCAAUCCUAGGCUCAGACAUUGACCUGCGGCGCUGCUUCCUUGGAAAUAUCAUUCUGUCAGGUGGGAACACUCUGCUGCCUGGCCUGCCUGAGCGCCUCCAGGCUGAAAUCAAGGGACUGGUACCUGCCGACACGGGGGUGAGCGUUUGUGUCACAAGCCCAACAGACAGAGACUUUUCAGUCUGGCGUGGAGGGGCAGUGCUGGCCAACCUCCCCUCCUUCAACUCUGGUUGGAUCAGUCAGGAAGAAUACGAGGAGUACGGACCGCCCAUUGUCUUCAGGAAAUGCUUCUGAGACGGACCACUAUAAGAGGUGCAUGGUGGACUCCUUGUAAUGCAUCACUUAAUUUUAUUUCACCAAGUGCAAUAUACAAAUAACUCUCCAGUGCCAUGGAUUGGUCUGAACCAGUAUAAGCCCUCUUGAAACAUUUGUAUUGAGUAUUGAUGAGUUUCCCCCUUGUCAUCAGUGUGGAUCCUGGCCUGUAAGCUCUUACUAGACAUCAGUGGCUUUCUGCUCACCUGCUGCUUACUGUCUUAACUACGAAGAUCUACAAUCAUGGCAUGGAUGAAAUUGAUGUUUAUGUCAUAAAAUUACUGUCAGUCAAUGUUAUUGUCCCUCAAGAACCUUUAACUGUGUCUCAAGUUUCUCAUUUUUGGGGAAAUAUAUUUCUGUGUCUUGAGAAUUUAAGCGACAGUAUAUUAAUGUUUGUGGUUAUGGGACAAGAAUUGAAGCUGGCCUUUGAUUAAAGUCUAUUUUGUUUCUAUAAUAAGUAAUUGAGGUGCGUGUAGAGAAGUUAAUGUGCUGACUGCAUAUAUAUAUUAAUCUAAUAUUAAAUUAUGGUCUGUAUUUAUACAACAAUUUAAAAGUUAAUUUGGUAUAACAUAUCUUUUGUGUUUUAGACAUGGUGAAAGUUUGUUAAUAAGGUUCAGGGCAGUUGUGCAGUAUUCACAACUAUGAUAUAUUUUUUUUAAUUAUAGCAGCAUUGCAUUUUUAUCAUGGAUUAUUACAGCCACUGUUAGGAAAACAUUUAAAGAAAAAGUUUGUCCUUUCUUUAACUGUUGAGAACAUAUCUCUCACCCUCUUAUGUUUCUGUCGGAACAUUACAACUAAUUUCAAGUAUUUAUUUGUAAUGUUACAACUCUUUUGCUCAUUUACAUCAUUUUUUCAAAAAUAUGUUUAAUUUCCUAAUUUUUCCUUAAUUUACAUACAACAUACAUUAUUUUCCUUAAUAGAAAUUUCUUACAUUCCAUAACAUUUUUGUAAUAUGAUUUUCUUGUAACUGUAAAGCAAGAAUUUCUGUGUAUAAAUAUAUAUUUUCUUACUAGCAGUGACUCAGAUACUCCCAAAGCAAAUCUCCCAAGUCAAAGCAAAAAAUGAUUAUAAAAGAAUACUGCUGCUGUGGUACUGUGAACUGCAGAGGAGACAAUUUGAUUUGUGGAAUACGGAGUUUGAAUUGUAGAAAAACUGAAAAGCAGAGUCCUGUGUCAUGAAUGGCUAUUUUCCCACAUGUCGAUCCAGUUGAGAUUCUCCACUUGAGUUAUGUUUUGGUUGGUGAAGGAUUGUACAUUAUGCAGCUGGUAAUAAUGAAGUGUAACUCCAUGGAGAAAGAUGUAAAGUACUUUAUUGGUUGGUUGGUAUUUCAGUCCGUUGAAUUAGCAGCUGAUAAGUGCUACUGCUGCAGGUGUAGUGUUUGUUUAUUGUCUAAGCUGAAAUUCUCUUUAAUAUGUUCUAUUGAGUGAAGUGUCUUGCUGAAUUUCAUUUGUUUUUCAAAAUCUUCUGAUCUAAGAGUAUACGUUGUGAUUUUUAACACUUGCACAGUAGUGUUUUUGUGAAAGCUGUUCCAAUGGUGCCAAAAUGGUUGCAUUUAUCUCCAUCCAUGGAUUCUGAAAAACCAUAAGCCAGCCCUGUACAUUUAUACCUCAUCUAAUUGUUUGAGUGUUAUUUCUGUUGCAUGCAAUUAUUUUGUUUCAAGCUAUUUAGUUGCACCUUUUUUUUGCAUGUUCUUAUUGUCUGCAUGGUUUUCUUUGUUUUUUGGAACUGCCUCUUUAAAGGUAUGGGAUCAUCAUGUAAAAGUCACAUCUUAAGUGGAAAAUUGGCAAGAAAUGUGACUGGGAACUCUAUUUCAGCCCUUUUCUACUGGCUGUAGCUUGAAAGGUAGGUGGUAGGGGUAUUUUUGCCUGGGUAUCCUUCUCCUCUAAAUGUACUGUAACAGUCUAAACUGAAUCUAGCAAUUUUUCACCCAAACCAUGCUAUUUAUGUCAUGUCUUUUUUUUUGUUUUUUGUUUUUAUAAUAAAUGUUUUAAUCAUGA